AUGUCUCGAUACGCUGCCGCACAUGAAGACACUCAGGGUCCUGGCGACGCCAGACCUACUGCCCUCCAGAUCAUCAAAGACGAGGGUGUCGAAGGCAAGCUCAAGGGCAAAGUGAUCGUCAUUACCGGAACUUCUUCUGGUAUCGGAAUCGAGACCGCCAGAGCUCUUGCAGAAACUGGCGCCAAAUUGUUCUUGACUGCAAGAAACCUGGACAAGGCAAAGAAAGCCUGUGCAGAAUUCUUUGAUGCCAGUCGAAUGGAGUUCAUUGAGCUCGACCUGACUUCUUUCGACAGUGUUCGUACUGCUGCCCAGAGUAUCUUGGAUAAAACCGACAAGAUCAACAUUCUGGUUGAGAAUGCUGGUUGCAUGGCUGUCCCAGAACUUGAGCUUACCAAGGAUGGCCAUGAGAUGCAGUUCGGAGUCAACUACCUCGCCCACUUCUUGUUCUUCGAGCUUCUCAAGCCAGCCUUACUGGCGGCCGUCACUCCCGAGCUUAACUCUAGAGUCGUUGUUCUUUCUUCAUCAGCACACCAGCAUGUAUCAGAUGGCAGCAUCAACGAAUCCGACAACUAUAACUUCCAGAAGGGCGGUUACGACCCAUGGCUCUCCUAUGGUCAAUCCAAGACGGCUGAUGCCUACCUCGCCAAUGAGAUAGACCGUCGAUACGGUUCUCAGGGUUUGCAUGCGACAAGCGUUCAUCCCGGAGGCAUCAUGACCGAGCUUACGCGAUAUAUUCCCCCGGAGGUCCUUCAGCCUCUCGCUAGUAGCGACACGGCUAAGAAGAUGUUGAAGAGCCCAGAGCAGGGAGCUGCGACGACAGUCUGGGCGGCUAUCGGCAAGCAGUGGGAAAACGCUGGAGGGAAAUAUUUGGAGGAUUGCCAGGAGGCGCCUCCAGCUAAGCAGAUUGAUCCUCACUUCGGCAAAGGGUAUGCACCACAUAUAUAUGACCCAGAGCGUGAGGCUCGACUUUGGCAAGACGCGCUCAAGAUCGUUGGCUUGGCUUAA